UGAAAACUUCAUCACCAUUAUCAUUAAAACACCCCAUAAUAAUCAACAUUAAACUAUCCUGAGGCAUAAUGGGUAGACAGAAGGUACUCCUAGAAAAGAUGGCUCGAAUCUUUCAGGUUCGGAACAUGUUGAUGCGACAGGCACUGGCAGAAUGCCUGGGCACCCUCAUUCUAGUGAUGUUUGGUUGUGGUGCUGUUGCCCAGUUGAUUCUAAGUGGAGGCUCUCAUGGAAUGUUCCUGACUGUGAAUUUUGCUUUUGGGUUUGCUGCUACUUUGGGGAUCCUAAUUUGUGGGCAGAUUUCAGGUGGUCAUAUAAAUCCUACUGUGACCUUUUCCCUAUGUUUGUUGGGGAGAGAGCCCUGGAGGAAGUUUCCUGUGUACUUCCUGUCCCAGACUCUGGGGGCUUUUCUUGGCUCAGGGAUAAUAUUUGGCAUGUACUUUGAUGCACUGUGGGACUAUGGACAAGGAUCUUUGGUUGUUAUAGGGGACAAUGCAACAGCUGGAAUUUUUGCAACAUACCCCUCUAAGCACCUCACAUUGCUCAAUGGCUUCUUUGAUCAAAUGAUUGGCACAGCAGCUCUGAUCGUGUGUAUCCUUGCAAUUGUUGAUCCCUACAAUAACCCUGUCCCACGAGGACUAGAGGCCUUCACUGUGGGGUUCGUGGUACUGGUGAUUGGUCUGUCUAUGGGUUUUAACUCAGGUUAUGCAGUAAACCCAGCCAGAGACAUGGGACCUCGGAUCUUUACCGCACUUGCUGGAUGGGGCUCAGAAGUGUUCACAGCAAACUCUCACUGGUCCCUUGUACCCAUCUUUGCCCCAUUCAUUGGUGCCGUGAUUGGUGUGAUGGUUUAUCAGCUAAUGGUGGGAUAUCAUGUAGAAGGAGAAGAGAGAGAUAAAAGGAAAGCUGCUGAAAGAGAAGAGAAGAAAAGACUCAAACUCUCUGCUGUUUCUGAGAAGGAGACAGCGUAAGACUGGGCUGAAAUGUGGUAAUCUUCCAGUUCUGUUCAGCACCUAAAAUGAAAUUCAUGUCCAGCUUUCAUGACAGAGGGCAAUAUUUAAAACCAAUUUACUGGAUUUUUGGAAUUGGCAAAACACAAUUUAAAUCUUUUGACAGCAAAUGGGCAUAUAUUGUAUUAUUAAAUAGCCUAAAUUAAUUAAACCAAUCAAACAACAAGUCAGUUGUUUUGUUGCUAAUACUUAUACUGUAUCUGCAUAAUAAUUAUGAACAAGGGAUAUGAUUUAUGAAAAUCUUUCUCCUUAUGCAAACAGCAUCAAAGUCAUUGAGUAUCUGUUUUAGAACUUCAGUAUCAUUUAUUAACUCAUCAUUUAUUCACUCAUUACAUAUUAAUAAGUGCUGAAUUUAUGCAGUGAUCAUUUUGUGAUUAUCAGUGAUAAAGUUUUAUGUCCAUUAUCGCUUUGCUUUUAUAUAUCCUUGUGUGAAUGUAAUUGUUUUGAAAGUCCUUGUUGUGAUGUAUUUGCAUGCCUGUUUUAUCAAUAAGUUAAC